GACCUCUCGGCGCAAUCGCACGUGUCCCGAUAGAACGGGCACACGGCGCCACCGUGCCAGGAUUUCCGAGCUUUUUCCCAUCCUCCGCGAGGAGCGAAAUUCAGUGCUCGGCCCGCAACCGUGUCGCACCGCCCCCGGCCGCUUCGACGCUCCGUGCGAUCGCGGUUGAGUCGCGUGGAGAUCGAAAGGACGAGCGUUAUCGUUAGCGAUACCGUUAUCGAAUUAAACGAUUUCCAAACAUCGCUGCGUGAUUUUUUUCCUAUAUAACUUUUAACAACGAUAAUUUCUAAUAAUUUUCUGAUUUUGUUGAAAAAAAAAACGCGAGAAACCGGCUGAUUAUGCUCGGGACGAUUUUCCGGUACCGCGAGAACGACGGAUCUCGCGGUUAUCGGCGAUAACGUGAAGAGCGAGAGGACGGGCACGCCGAAACGAGCGACAGUCACGGCAUUAUGCCGGUAACGAUCGACGUGAUUUUGUGGGUGCUUCACGAAGGGCCGCGAACAGAGAGCGAUCGUUCGGAUCGGAUGGUAGUGGGCAGGUCGCUGUCGGGCGCGGAGCGGCGCGUGAAUUAGAUCGAGAGAUGUGCGCGAAGUGAAAGAUGGCCCCGUUCCACGGCAUGGCCCUGCUGCUCCUGGGAAUCGGAUACCUGUUACACGCGGAACCACUUCACAGCGAACGCGGCAUCGCGUUCUUUCAUCUCAACAACGACACGUUCGGUAAAGGGGAGAAGUCGCAGCGCGGCACAAAGAAGACCCAUUUUUUCAAAGACACGCCGCAAAAAUUAACGGUGGCCAUAGGGCAGGCCGCUGUCCUGUUAUGUCGUGUUAAAAACCUAGGAAACAGAACUGUGUCUUGGAUCCGAAAAAGGGACCUACACAUCCUGACGUCCAUGUCGGUGACUUACACGAGCGACGCGAGAUUUACGGUAGUCGGCAAUCCGGAGACCGACGACUGGAAUCUGCGAAUAGAUUACGUGCAACCGCGGGACGCCGGCAUUUACGAGUGUCAGGUUAAUACAGAACCGAAGAUAUAUAGAGCCGUGGCACUGAAGGUUUUGGAUAUACAGGCGAGGAUCACGGGUUCCCAGGAGUUGUACAUCAGGAAGGGUAGCACAAUCAGCUUAACCUGCAUCAUAGAACUGCAGGAUCUGCCUCCAAGCAACGUGACCUGGUACCACGCCGGUGCGGUAAUCGAUUUCGACGGUCCAAGGGGUGGCGUAUCGCUGGAGACGGAGAAGGGUAAGCGUGGUACCACCAGCAAGCUCCUAAUAACGCGUGCUCAACUUAACGAUAGCGGUAAUUAUACAUGCGCUUCGAGCAAAGUCACCCCGGCGAGCGUCAUGGUGCACGUGCUAAACGGGGAGCAUCCCGCUGCGAUGCAGCACGGUGGCACCGGCGAUGUAAAUAGGAGACUCGUCCUUCUCGUCCUGAUUUUCCUCGUCGAUACGAUGUUCCGGUGAGCGACACGCCACCAAUCUCUUGCGAAUUCCUCCCGAAUUCGCUCCUCGAGGCGACCACAGGGAUGCACGCUCCGACGGAGAGGAAUCGAUGUGACACCGUGUGUCCGGCAUAUGAGUCGCAGUAAAAGUCGAAUUGUUUUUUUUCCUUUCUCUCUCCUAUACAUGGACGUUUCGCACGAUUGACGUAACGCUAAUUCAGAAUCAUUUGUUUGACGGAUUUUAAUCGACUCGGACUCCCUGGACUCUAAUAAUGAUCGCUCAAAUACCCCUGUCCGAGACGUCAGUACGGAUGUAACGUGUAUGUAAUGUAAUAAAUCUUUUGAAGUUA